AACUGAUUCAUGUGAUGAACUAACACGGGAAACUGAUUCAUGUCAUGAACUAACACGGGAAACUGAUUCAUGUGAUGAACUAACACGGGAAACUGAUUCAUUUGAUGAAUUAACACAGGAAACUGAUUCAUGUGAUGAAUUAACAAGCAAAACUGAUUCAUGGGAUGAACUAACCAGUGGGGAGUGGAGAGUAGAGCAAUUUACAAUCUUGACCAGUACAAAUACUUCUGACUCAGAGGUUUAGAUAUAUACCAGUAUAACUAAAAGUUUAAGAGCUAUUUCUAUCUAAUGAAACACAGAAACCAGUACAAACCAAUACGCCGGUUUCGAGAUACACCCGAGUUAUUUCCCUUUGGAGAACUCUCGUACAUAGUGAGGCGCGAACCAAUUUGUUUACACGUGAGAGUGGGACUAAUAUUCAUCACUGCAGCCAUGCUACCCUGUUGAUGUGCACAGGAAAUGAUGACGUAGAAUACAAUUCCGGUUUGAUUUUGGAGACUAGAGGAAAUUCGCUCAGCAAGUAAUAAUAAAUUAUAUUUCGUAUCUAGCUGUUCCUGAAUGAAGUGAAGUCGACCAUAAGCAUGGCAUCUAGACCUCUGCAGCUCAGAUGUAAAACCAAAACUGGCCAACAUUUACUCUCGGGAUUGAAUCUAAAUUCUCAAAUCAGUGAACUUAAGGACAAGAUUGUUCAGGUCACCAAAUUCUCCAGAGGAUCAAUCAUAAUAAGACAGGGCUACCCCCCGAAAAUCAUUGACAUCAGCGACGAGAACAGCCCAUUAUCAUCGCUCCCGUUCCGAUCAGGAGACACACUGAUUGUGGAGGAAAAUCGUAAACUUCAGGGGGAACUUCAACAGCAGGGAAUGGACAAUGUCUUACAGAAGCAGUCCAUGAACUCUAAAGGAGUCCUAAUGAGGAAAGUCGUGCCGGCUGACAACUCGUGUUUAUUUACCAGUAUUAACGCUUUAAUGAACAAUGGUGUCGUAGAUCUUUCCUGCUCUAAAGCCAUGAGAGAUCUCAUUGCUGGAGUUGUAAUGAGUGACCCUGUUAAUUUCUCAGAAGCAUUCCUCGGAAAGACUAACAAUGCCUACUGUAACUGGAUCAGGAAUGCGGACUCUUGGGGAGGGGCUAUUGAGGUUUCUAUCCUGUCUCAGUACUUUGAUGUAGAGAUUGCUGUUGUGGACACUCAGAGUAGUCGCAUUGAUAGGUUUGGAGAGGACAAACUUUAUAAGGAACGGAUAUUUGUAAUAUAUGAUGGCAUACAUUAUGACCCUUUAAUCUUGGAACCUUUAGAUCCAAACCUUCAUGUGCAGACAAUAUUUCCCACUUCUGAUGCAUCAGUCCUGGGCCAGGCAAUGGAGAUCGCAUCAGAAGCAAAGUCGGCUCGUCAAUUUACGGACGUCUCCAACUUCUCCAUCAAAUGCCUGGUGUGUCAGAAGCUUCUCACAGGUCAAAGCGAAGCUCAAGGUCAUGCCAAGGUCACUGGACAUAUCAACUUUGGGGAAGUUUGAUGUGGAAUUAGGCUAGUCUUAGGCAAUAAGUAGCUUAACAUAUGAUUCCAGGACUGGCUUAAUAGGAGCCUUGUUUCCUUGGGGUAGGGGAGGGGGGGGGGGGGGGCUCUCUUAAUACUGAUGGGUAUGUUAAAUUGACAGUUAAACACUCCUUGUGGAUAUACAUGGUUCAUCCAAGUUGAUAAUAUGUGCCAGUGCUUUAUGUACAUGUACAAAGCAAUUUGUAAGCCAUGUAAGAUUUGUUUCAAAUGAAAACUGUCUUUUAGUAUGAUUAUUAUAAUUUAUAGAUCUAUGUAUUAUAUAUGCCAAUGGCUAUAUUUCCUUCCAAAAUUUUUGGUUGUGCUUUUGAUUCCAACUUCAAUGUACAAGAUAUUUUUGUUUGUGUUUUUUAAAUUUUACUGAAAUUGCAGGCAAUUAUUGGGUUGGAAUUUACUAUUAAGGAGUAAUAGCAAAUUUGAACCCAAGCAAAUAUGAUUGCCUUUGACCAAAAUAACUUAUUUAAGAUUCAGUCUCAGAAUUUUUUGGCCAAAAAUUUAUAUUCCUGUGUUGUACUUUUCGCAGUUUUUAUUCUAUAGACUAUGGUGUGUAGGUUUGGACAUACUUUAUGUUUAUGUCGUAGAUUUUUUCCCAGUACAAUAAAGUUAUAAAUAUGAAAAUAUGUUCAUCUAAAAUUGCACUAUGUUAGAUAAUCAUUUACAAAAGUGGUACUGUGUUUGAAUUAGAUUUAAGAAAUUGCUUGUUUUUAAUUGCAAAUGAUUGAAAACAAAUUCUAUGGAAUGGUAAAUUCUAUUAGACAUACACUACCUUAUCAAAUGAAAUGAAAGUUUGUUUUUUUUUUUACUUUUUUUAAAAAAAGUUGAUGGGGGACAAAAAGGGUGGGAGUGGGGGGUUAUGAAGCAUAGAAAUCUACUACUCCUUUCCAAACAAAGAUGCAAUAUAUUUAUAAAACCUUACAUUUGUUUCAAAGAAACUGAAAUAUUGAAUGAAUGUAUAUAGCAAUAUGUAGAUGCACAAGGUCUAGAAGCAUAAUUAUCAUUUACACUUUAUUUGAUCUCUAUCGAGUUAUCGUUCCUUACACGUGAGUAUAAGGAAGGAUAACUCUGGGUAGAAUAUUAUUAUAUUAUGACAUGUGAUGCUGUAUGUGGUACAGUAACCAAAGUAACUUAUAAGUUUAUGCUAUAUAGUCUCUAGUCAGCCACAAGUCUUAGUUUAGUUUCAUGAAUUAAAGAAUACUUGCAUGAUAUGAUUUGCUGAUGAAUAAAUAUUUUGUAUUUUG